AUGCGCGUCAACUUCUCGACCCUGCUGCUUCCCAGCCUCCUCCAGGGGCUGGGUGUAUGCGCAGCUCCCAACAAAGGCAACGAUGAUUUCGCCGCCAAAUGCGCCAGCCUCAAGAAGUCGCUCAAACUCCCCAACACCACCGUGUACUUCGCCCAGCAUGUCUCCGCUGGUACCAACAUCACUUUCCCCGACAACCACCCGACCUGCGCUCCUAACUAUCAGGUUAUGGACGUUGAGGUCUGCCGCGUGGCCAUGCUAGUCAAGACAGGACCCACCUCAAACGUCAGUAUCGAAGUUUGGCUUCCUUUGAACUGGACAGGUCGGUUCUUAGGAACCGGCAAUGGUGGAUUAGCUGGCUGUAUGCCCUACAACGAUAUGGCAUACGGCAACAGCUUCGGCUUCGCCAGCGUUGGCACGAACAACGGACACAACGGAACCUCAGGCUUGCCCAUGUACCGCAACCCAGGCGUGGUUGAGGACUUUGCCUAUCGUGCAGUGCACACUGGUGCUGUUAUCGGAAAGAAGAUCACCCAGGACUUUUACGGCAAGAAGUUCAAGUCCUACUUUCUCGGCUGCUCGACUGGUGGACGUCAAGCAAUGAAGUUGGCACAGAGCUUCCCUGAAGAUUACGAUGGCUACGUAGCGGGUGCUCCGGCUAUGCGCUGGAAUGGUCUUCAGGCACGCUCUGGAAGUUUCUGGGGCAUCACUGGUCCCCCAGGAGCUCCUACUCAUGUGACUCCAGACGAGUGGCAAAUGGUGCAUAAGAGUGUCCUGGCUCAGUGCGACGAGCGCAUUGAUGGCGUCGAUGACGGCGUGCUUGAGGACCCUACCCUCUGUCAGUACCGUCCUGAGGCUCUCAUCUGCAGCAAGGGCCAGACCAAGAACUGCCUGACCAAGGCCAAGGUUGAGACGGUCCGUAAAGUCUUUUCUCCCCUAUAUACCACGAAUGAGACAUACAUCUACCCUCGAGCGGUCCCUGGUGCUAACGCUCUCUUCAACUUUGUUGUCGCCGAGCAACCGUUCAUUUACUCUACAGAAUGGUACCAGUAUGUCAUCUGGGAGGACCCCAAGUGGAACCCCGACACGAUUGGACCCAAGGACUACGAUAGAGGUGCCGAGAUGAACCCCUAUGACAUUGAGACUUGGGAAGGAGACCUGUCUAAGUUCCGCAGGCGUGGCAACAAGAUGAUUCACUGGCACGGCCUCCAGGACGGACUUAUCAGCGCCGAGAACUCGGACGAUUACUAUAAUCACGUGUCUCGAACAAUGGGCCUCAAAAGUAGCCAUCUGGACGAGUUUUACAGGUUCUUCCGCGUCAGUGGGUGUGGCCAUUGCAGUGCCGGAGACGGGGCUUCUCGCAUUGGAAACAACGCCGGAAACAUGGGCGGCAAGACGCCAGACAAUAAUGUGCUUCUGGCUAUUGUGAAAUGGGUCGAGGAGGGUGUUGCGCCAGAGACAAUUGGGGGCUACAAGAACGUCGGCGGAACUGCAGAUGGCGCGUUUGACUACGAGCGUAGGCAUUGCCGAUACCCGUACCGCAACAUCUGGGACGGAAAGGGAGAUACGAAGAAUCCCGAUAGCUGGAACUGUAUCUAG